GCUUGACGUAGAUUUGCAGCUGGCUUAACACGCAAGCGCAUGCAAAUUGUGAAUAGUGCACGAGCACGGACACGCUGUUAGUAGCAAAUAGACGUUGCAUUUAAUACAAUUGUUUUGCGUUACUUCUGAUAUCAUAAAUUAUAGAACCAAUUCACAUUAAAAGCAUGAAAUUUGCCAACAAGUAUUACGAGCGUGACAUCGAGUACGCUUUCGAGAUGAAUCGUUUCUUCUUUCGUAUAUUAGGUAUCUGGCCAUUUGCGCGGACUAAUUCCGUUCUUUUUGACUUGAUAGAAACGGUCUCGUUGGUUUCCGUAUGCUUUUUUCUUCUUUUGUGCGAGUUUAUGCCAAUUUUACUUUAUGUGUUUCUGGUUUUGAAAGAUAUGCGGCUGAGAUUAAAAGUUCUAGGCAACGCGAUAUUUGGACUAGUAGCGAUCAUCAAGUACGGUUAUGUGCUGCUGUAUAAGAAUCAAGUAAGAAAUUGCAUGUUGCUGAUCGACGAAGAUUGGCGAAAUGUCGUUAGUUCCAGUGAUCGUAAUUCUAUGAUUGACAGAGUCAGAAUUGGCAAACGUUUGAUCGUGAUGUGUGCUGUGUUUGUAUAUAUGAGUGGCGUGGGUGUUCGAAUGGCUAUGCCGCUAGCAGCGGGAAAAAUCGUCACACCCCAGAAUAUCACAAUUAGACCCCUGCCAAGCGCAGCUUACUUUGUUAUCUUUGACGUACAGUGCAGCCCCGCUUAUGAAAUUGUAUACUGCAUACAAUUCUUUGCCGGAUUUGUAAAAUAUACGAUUACAGUCGCAACAUUCGGCUUGGUAACACUUUGCGUUACGCACUUUUGCGCGCAGCUAGACAUACUAUUAACAUUAAUGGACAAUUUUGUAAAUGAGAACCAACUUGAAAAUUUAAACAAAAAAUUAGCUAUUGUCGUGGAACAUCAAAUUAAAACACACAAUUUUCUACAAUUGAUACAGAAUAUCAUUCAAUAUCCAAGUUUAGUAGAAGUAUUGGGUUCUACCGUAAUGGUAUGCUUUGCAGGAUUUUACAUUAUUAUGGAAUGGGAAGAUCGCAAUAUUAUACGUCUGUGCACGUAUAGCAUUGCAUUAGUAAUGUUUUGCUUUAACGUAUUUAUCUACUGUUACAUGGGCGAGCAAGUCGUCGUGCAGGGAGAUAAAGUUGCAUUAAAAGCAUGCACGUUGGAUUGGUACCGUCUUCCAACUAUAAAAGCGCGUGCUUUGAUUUUAAUCAUAGCCAUUUCGGACAUUCCAAUUAAACUUAGUGCAGGAAAAUUUAUCGAUCUUUCCCUUAGAACGUUCGGCAAUGUUGUUAAAAUGUCUGUUACAUAUUUAAACCUUCUUCGAACAGUUGACUGAAUUAGUCGGAAAAGUAUAGAUACAGUAUUUAUAAAAUUGUAUACU